UCCUGCCUUGGGACCAGACUGCAGCACUACCAAACCUAAAAAGGCAUUGAGUUGAGUUGAGUUUAGACCACUGUGCUACAAGGAAGCUUGAUUCACUACACCUCCCUUUGGAUUUUUUGUCACUUUAUUCAUUCUCUUCUGGAUACAUAGAACCUGGAUUUGUAUGUACAAACAUUUGAGAAAAUUUGAAAAAGCUGAAAAAGUCCUUCUGGCAUGCAGGAAUGACCAAAGCUAUUCUGUCCGGAGCAUAUCUUUAGCAGUUCCUUCUGUAUUUGUGUUGCUGUUUUUUUUUCUUCCUUGAAGCCUGUGGCUUCCGUCUCAGGAUUGGUCAGAGAGCAGCCCGUCAGCAGCAGUGACAUUGGAGUCGUCCGGGGUCAGAGGUCCGGUGUUAGAUACUGGAUGUAUGAGACGGCUUCAUGGGCCUGAAGGACCAUCUGGAGGAUGAAACAGACCACAUCCUCAACCUGGGGCUGGAUUUGGACUACCUCCACGUGGAAGGCACCGACCGCCAGGCCAGCUUGAGUGCCACAGUCGGCACACACUCAGGAGCCUUGGAGGGGGACGAGACGGAGGUAGGAGGCACCCAUAGCAGUGUCAGUAGUAGCAGCAUCAGCAGUAGUAGUAGUUGUAGUAACUCCUCUGAAGAGAGUGCUGCGUCGGACAGCGAGGAUGAGCGGGGGGUCCAACAUGGCUCUGGUUCUGACGCUCAUACCACCCACCCGCACCCCUGUCACCCUGCUAGGCAGGGCCUGGCACAGAGCCCCCAUUCUAGGGACCCAAAACACUCUACCAACCCCUUCACAGAGUACCGCUCCAAGAUGGAGUUUGCCCUGAAGCUGGGCUACUCUGAGGAGCUGGUUCUGCUGGUUGUGCGGAAGCUAGGGCCUGACGCCCUCAUUAAUGACAUACUGGGAGAACUGGUCAAACUGGGCACCAAGUCAGAGACGGAUCAGGCUGGGGGGUCGGCCACCUCCCACUUGCCCUCCUCCUCCUCCUUAUCCUCCUCCUCUCUGGACUCCUGCAGGCUGGACUGCUCCUCCCAGCUGCUGUUGGAUGACAAGGAGAACAUCAGACCUGUGGUGGUGGAUGGGAGUAAUGUAGCCAUGAGCCAUGGGAAUAAGGAAGUGUUCUCCUGUCACGGCAUCCAGCUGGCUGUUGAUUGGUUCCUGGAGCGUGGUCACCGUGACAUCACUGUGUUUGUUCCCGCCUGGAGAAAGGAACAGUCCAGACCGGACACCCUCAUCACAGACCAGGAGAUAUUGCGGCAUCUAGAGAAAGACAAGAUCCUUGUGUUCACUCCCUCUCGUCGGGUCCAGGGCCGCCGGGUGGUCUGCUAUGACGACCGCUUCAUCGUCAAGCUGGCCUACGAGUCCGACGGCAUCAUCGUCUCUAACGACAACUACCGGGACCUGGCCAAUGAGAAGCCAGAGUGGAAGAAGUUCAUUGACGAGCGGUUGCUCAUGUAUACGUUCGUCAAUGACAAGUUCAUGCCUCCUGAUGAUCCUCUGGGUCGCCAUGGUCCCAGUCUGGAGAACUUCCUGAGGAAGAGACCAGUUAUCCCAGAACACAGGAAGCAGCAAUGUCCCUAUGGGAAGAAGUGCACUUACGGCCACAAGUGUAAGUUCUUCCACCCUGAGAGAGGCAGUCAGCCCCAACGCGCUGUGGCCGACGAGCUGCGUGCCAAGAACUCCUCUUCAUCCUCUACCUCUUCCUCCAAAAGGGUGGGUGAGGCUCUGAUGGUGAAGAGUCACAGCAUGUCCAGCAGCUCCAGGGUAGACGGGACCCCAGACCCCCACCAAGCUCCCCCAAAGAGGCAGUCGGACCCCAGCCUUUGCGCCCCCCCCUACAACGACCUCCUGGAAGAGCAUCUGGGCAGAAGGACUAAAGCAGAGGCCCGCAGAGGGAGUAGCAGCAGCAGUAGCAGCAACUGCAGCAGCAGCCUCUUGGCUUCUGCUCCUGGGGGACCUCCUUCCAGCCACGGCUUCUCUCUUCAGGACUGGGGGAACACCUCCUCCAGAGCUCCAGGGCUGUCGGGGCUUGGUCACUCAAAGUCAUACUCCACGUGUGAAUCCCCGGAGCUAAGCUACCACUCCCUGAUGAGGGCCUACUCCAGCCUAAGCCUGGUAGUGCCGCGGAGCCCCGAUCGGCUGUUCCCGGCUGACCUACGGACGGGCUCACUGGUGUCUGACUGCAGCAGCGAGGGCAGCGUGAGCUCAGACUCCUUCUCCCCUGAUCCCCUGCUGGAUGACAGCCUCAAGUGCCACUAUCCCCACCCCCAUCACCACCACCAUCACUGCCCUAGCUGCUACCCACAUCACCCCAACCACCCACCCCCUGGUCUGACCCAGCACCCCCAUGGAGGCUCCCACCAUGGCUACCCUCAUGCUCAAAGCAGCCUGGAGGAUCCUCCCUCCUACCUCCACCACUUCAAGGCACAGCUCUCCUACCUUCCUCCCCAUAUUCAGCAACCGUCUGUGGGGAGCCACUCUGGCUGUUCUGGGAACUACCCUCCCCAAACUCUAUCCCAGACCUCAAGCCCCCACUCCCUCUCUCACAACUCUCCUCUGGGGCAUAACCUGGGGGGCUCCACCUGGCAGGACAACAACAGCCUCUACAAGCAAUCCCAUGUCCACCCAAGGAGGAUCUACCCUGGGCCAGGACAGGAGCAGCAACUGGCCAGAUGGGACCCCCACUACCAGCAUCCCCCCCAGGCCUGCUACGAGCCUUUCACUUUCCAGUCCCUGCCUGAGGGCCGCAAACAACCCUGGCACUCGCCCUGGCCCAGGGGGACACACUCUCCCCAUCCUCAAUCCCUUUCCUCCUCCCAUCCUCCACCUCUUACCCACCCCUCCACGGCCCCCCAGCACCAGGAGCCCCCUGCCCUGGGCAGAUACCAGGAUGUGAGGGAGAAUGUGUUUGUCAACCUGUGUAACAUCUUCCCCCCAGAGCUGGUGAGGGUGGUGAUGGUGAGGAACCCCCAUGUGAUGGACGCCCAGCAGCUGGCUGCAGCCAUCCUGGCUGAGAAGUCCCAGGCUGGCUACUGAGUACUGACACUACCGUAGCAGAGGAAAUAAGUGGCGUGCUCAACUCUAUAAUCUCCCCAAAACAUCUACGAUGCAGGGGAAGAUGCUUUGUCUUUUUCCAGCAAAUGUUAUUUUUUCAACCUUAUUGUUUUAUGUCACUGCCCUGCUCGUUCAUUGAUGUUGUGUGGUAUGAGAACACCUUCAGCACUUAAGGUCAGGAUUCCGGAGACUCUGAAUGGGAUGUGUUGCUUUAAUUUAUUUAUUUUGUAAUAUAUUUUAAAUUAUUUCUAUAGCUUUUUAUAUUUUUUUAAUGGCACUUUUCAUAGAUUUAUUUAUGAUUUUUUUAUUUUUGGAAAUCACAUCAUAGGGUAAGAGGGGCUCAAGUGUUUCAGGGUGCUUCAGAGUUAGGGAAAGUCCUGAGGUGUCAAAACAGGGUGAAUUCUGGGAUUCCAAAUCUAGGGUAUGGUUUGUCGUCAUAAAAUUACACUUCCAAACAUUUUAAACUAAAAGACAAAGCAAAUACAUAAGUCCAAGCUACACUGAUGACAUUUUAUCCCUGUCAUUUUUCAUCAGAGAAUUGUUAAAACAGGUGGUGAAUUUGAUAUCAUUGUUGAAAGAUUUGAUGAAUUUCCCAUUUAGAGAAGUGAAACGCAGGAACUCCAACUGUUAAAGGCCUGAUAAAGUUAAUGUGAAAACCCCAGGUUAUUGUUUACUCUUACAUACAGGAGCUAGUUCCUCUCUGGGGAGAGACCAAAAACUUACUUCACAGCAUAGAAGAUUGCGAUAUUGAUUUUCUUUUCCUUUUUUAAAUGAUUUUUCUUUGUCCUCAAAAAAACAUUCUGGCAAUUGAAAUCAUAUCAAUAUGGUUCUUGAGGAUAUUUAGACUAGUGCAGGUGCAUUGUUCGUUUAAACAGUUUUUUUUAUAUUGUUGUUUUUUUACGUAUGAAUGUGUUAAUUUAUUUGUCCCUUUGUCAUUUUCAUUAUGAGUAAGAGUAUUUUAGUUAAAGAGGGUAUCAUUACAAGAGAAGACGUCUGGUGUAACCAUCCAGACAGACAGACAAAUAGCGCUGCACUGUAACUUCAGUCUGUGGACAGGGUAUUUCUAGCCUCUACCUCCUGGCUUAGAAUCCAUUGCAAGUUGUCACUAUCGCUCAGUAAAUAGAAUAAAUAGUACGGCAAUAACACCUCUGUGCCUUACUCACACACAGCAGUCCAAAACACUGGACUUGUGUUGCCAAUGUAACCUGACCACCACAUACUUUAGUGAACAAGAGAAUGCCUCUCCUCGUUGAUACAAAUUGUAUCCUAUUAACUUAAACCAGAUCAUUGUUUUAUAUGAGAAUAUUUAUACAAGAGGUAUUUUGAGUAUAUGUGCCGUAAUUGGUCACAUUUGUUACUGUUAUAAAAUAUACUGAACAAAAAUAUAAACGCAACAUGUAAAGUAUUGAUCCCAUGUUUCAUGAGCUGAAAUAAAAGAUCCCAGAUAUUUUCCAUACACACAAGAAGCAUAUUUCUCUCAAAUGUUUACAUCCCUGUUAAUGAGCAUUUAUUUUUUGCCAAGAUAAUCCAGAUGUGGCAUAUCAAGAAGCUGAUUAAACAGCUUUAUCAUUACACAGGAACAACUUCGCUGCGGAAAAUAAAAGGCCACUAAAAUGUGCAGUUUUGUCACAACACAAUGCCACAGAUGUCUCAUGUUUUGAGGGAGUGUGCAAUUGGCAUGUUGACUGCAGCAUGUCCAAUAGAGCUGUUGCCAGAUAAUUGAAUGUUCAUUUCUCUACCAUAAGCCACCUCCAAUGUUGUUUUAUUGUUGUUCAGUAUAUAUUUUGGGAUUUAAAAAAAUUGUGUUUUAAGAAGUAUUUGUGAAAGAAAAGGGCAUCAAAUGCAAUUUAUUCAAACUACUGUACUGUGAUUGAUGAUCAGCAUACAGAGAGGACAGAAAAAGUUAUGUGAUAUCCGGGUUCCUUGGGACGUCCCUACCCCAUUGAAGUUGACAUUUUAAAUGGUUAAGGUUUGGGUUAGGUAAUGGUUAGGCUGGGGGUGAGGGUUUAAGGUAGGGAUGUCCCAAGGAUUCCGGAUAGCACUGAUCGACAGGAAAAGGUGGGUUGUUGUUUUUAUUAUUGUUUAACUGAAAUUGUGUUGGGUGGUCUCAGUCAUGCGAGUGUGACUGUGUCAGCUUUACAGUGAAGCCAGGAUUUAUUUCUUCACCAUCAGCCUCUAUUGACGGUCAUGAUCUUUCUCUUAAUAUAUUUCUGUACCGUGGUUCUCAGCUCUCUCUUCAAACUAAGGCUAUCCCUUCAGAGGAUCAGUGGAACACCGCUAACUUGACAAAGACAGUACUUUGUCUCUGGAACCAGUUUCUCAUCAUGACAACAGCCAAAAGUUAAUUUUUUUAGCUGAGCAACGUCUAGCACCUUUCCAGGGCACUAUGUGCCAGCGUGCUCCGGUGUGUGGCAGAGUAUUAAAUGCCUCUACAUGGCAUUGUGCUUUUUUUAACCACAUCUGAUGAUAGUCUGAACCAUGUUCAGUUAAACAAAUUAAUAUUUUUCCAUGUUCAGAUUUUUUAAAGAGGUGUUUUUGUAAUUCUGUGUGAUGUUUCUGUACUCUGUGUGAUGUUUCUGUACUCUACUGUUCAUCUCUGGUAUAAUUAAACACCCUUUGAUGAGGUGACUUGUGUUCAGUUUGCAGACAGUGUAUGUAUACUGUAUGUCAAUGGAGGCUGCUGAGGGGAGGAUGGCUCCUAAUGAUGGCUGGAUGGAGUAAAUGGAAUGGCAUCAAACCUGGAAACCAUGUGUUUGAUACUAUUCCACUUAAACUGCUCCAGCCAUUACCACGAGGCCGUCCUCCCCAAUUUAGGUGCCACCAACCUCCUGUGGUAUAUGUGCUGGUUUUUGUAUACAGUACUUGGUUGAAUUUCUUCCACCAAUUUUUUUUAUUUUUUUGGAAUUUGGUUCAUUUUAUUUUAUUUCAUCUGACUGAUUAGUAUAUUAUUGUAUUUGACUGUUUGUUUCAUUGUGUCAGUCUGUAUCCAAGGCCUACAAUUCAGGUUUUAAAAAACAGUUUGUCAGACACUCCAAAUACCAUGUAUAAUUUAUUUAAAUAGUCAUCCCUCUUGUUCUUUAAACCCAACAUAAUUUAUGCUACAAUAAAACUAUUACAUCUAAUAAAUGCUUAUAAAAGUGCAAAAAAAUAAGGUUGGGAGGCAGUAUUCUGUCAGGGACCAAAGCAAUUGGCAAAAGGAUUGAGGGUUAGCCUAUGUUAUAUAUGUAUUAUGAUGAUCCUCUCAUCACAGGUCAACAUGGGUCAUUUCAAGCCAAAAUGUAAUGGAGGAAAAUGGAGAACUGUGACCUGAUGUGAUGUUGAUGUUCUUGCCUUAGUGACUGUACUGUAUGUGAAUGGGGGGAGGGGCAACGCAUGUUAAAACAAUGAGCUUUAAGUACUGUAACCCCAGAGCACGUGACUCUUUAUAAUACUCUGGCCUGUGUAGCAGUCUUACUUGCUGAUUCAGGGAACUGAGGCCAAAUGGAAAAUGUUGACUCCUUAUGAGUUAUGAAUAAUAAAGCCUUACUCAAGCUUUCAA